AUGUCUCAGAAACAGGUGGACACUUCUCGACCAUUCUUUCAGAGACAAGAAGGUGAGGUUGGUAUCUAUGUGAAGAUUUAUGACGCUAAAGCCGAGAACGUACAUGACGUAGGAUCAGAACAGUACUAUCGUAUGGACUUAAUGGAUAAACUACUCGAGUUGUACCAAGGCGCUGAUAUUGUCAAAAUGAAGGCCGCCCUGGACCGGAAACACUUGUUUCAGGGAGCAUAUCUUGAACGAUUCGAAAAGGGGAUUAUCUUAGCGGUUGGAUUUGAUGAUGUGGAUGCCUUGGAGACUGUUUGGAACCUCCACAAGGACGAUAAACUACAAAGAGCAUUACAAGAGGUGUUGAUGACGUCAACCAUACUCCAUUCACUUGGAGCCAGCAACAUUACCCUAUGGAUUAAGAUGAUGGAGGACGAGUAUACGAAUUGUAAAAACGAAAUUCUUUGUCGAAAGAUGGCGAAAAUGAACAUAUCAUCUUUACCGGCUGAUGUCAAAGUCUUAAAGUCAAUGAAAAAAUACCAAGAGAAACUAAGUAAAGACGCACAGGACAUCCGGGACAUUGAGAGCAAUGUCGAACACAAACUCGGGGAGUUUCUGCUCACAAUGAAACAAAUACUGCCAAAGGACGUGACAGCAAUUAAAACAUUAAAGGAGUUUGAAACCUGCCACAAAGUUGCGAAAGGAGCCGGAAAGAAAACAGCCUCAUUGGAUGCGUUUGCAAAUACUUUGAAACAACUGAGAACAACAUUUAACGAAAUCGAGAAUGGUGUUUGUAACCCGAUGCUUCAGAUACACAAGGUAUGCGAGAACGAAAAACAACAGGAACUGAAACAGAAAAUAAGGCAAACAUGCAAUGAUGCGUUAGCGCUACUCAAACCGGAAGUUGAUUUAACACAAGUAUCACACCCAGAUUGGCAGAAGAAAGUAUUACAACGCGAGCAGGAACUAUAUCGCGGACUUAUAUGCGUCAUACCGCUGACGUGCGGCGCUGUGAUGGACUGUAGUUUCAUGCUGGAUGAAUAUUUAUUGGAUUAUCCUAGCCAGGUUUAUAAAUAG